GGUCGAUUAAUGUAGGUGGUAUUGGAGUUCACCAGCUCGACAAAUACCUGUGACAUUCUGUAUAACAAAUCAAGAUGUAUUUUGAUGAUAUAUUAAAACAGAUUGGAGAGUUUGGUUUAUAUCAGAAGAAAUUAUAUUUUGUCUUAUGUCUUCAACCUGUAGCUUCGGGAUUAUUACAGUUAUUGUCCAUUUUUACUCUUGCAUCUCCAGACCACAGAUGUGCUAUACCUGGUUAUGAUAAUGAUACAUUUUCACCUCAAGAUGAAAAUCAUAGAGAAUUAAUAAACAGCUCAAUACCCGAAUCUUCGAAAUGUUUCUUACAAAAUACUACAAUAGAUAUAUAUGGUAAUAUUAGUAUUGUUCAAUAUAAAUGUAAUUCGUGGGUUUAUGAUACGACCACAUUUACAUCAACACUCGUAACGGAGUUUGAUCUAGUAUGUGAUAAUUCUGUUAAGAAGAGUAAUGCUGUUAUGUUGCUAUUUUUGGGAUUGUUAGUGGGAUAUGGUGUAAUGGGGAACGUUGCUGAUUUUAUUGGACGUAAACCAUUGAUGGUGGUAUCCAACUAUUUGUGCUGUAUCUGUUCAUAUCUUACUGUAUGGUCACCUAACUAUAUAUUUCUCUUAGCAAUGAGAUUCUGUAUGGGGCUGGGAAUGGCGGGUCAAUCUCUUGCCAUCUAUAUAAUCGGAGUAGAAUUAGUUGGACCAUCGAAACGAAGAUUUACAGGUAUUUUAAGUAAUUUCUACUGGUGUUUUGGGAUGAUUUUGAUGUCUGUUUUGGGAUAUUUCAUACGAGAUUGGAGAUAUCUGAGAUUAGCAGUAUCUGUGUAUACUACAGUAUUAUUAACUUUUGUUUGUUUGAUACCAGAAAGUCCUCGAUGGCUAUUAACCAGAGGUUAUAAUGCCAAGGCUCAUGCUCUCAUACAAAAAGCAGCAGAAGUCAAUAAAGUUGAACUAGACGACGAAACUUUGAAGAAAUUAUGUGUCUCAGAUAAGGUCACUAAACUCCGGUUUUGGAAAAUCUUCACGUCAAAAACAUUAUGUGUUCGAACAUUAGUUUGUUACACUUGCUGGUUUGCAGCAAGCAUUACCUACUUCGGAAUAAUCUUGAACUUAGAAUUAUUGGUUGGUAAUAUCUAUCUCAAUCUCUUCGUGGCAUCAAUUCUAGAAGUCGUUUGUUAUCUACUAGUGUUCCUGUUAUUGGACAGAUUAGGCAGAAAAAAUCUCAUGUGUAUUUGUAUGUUGAUGGGAGUGUUAUCGCUAACAGCAGCUGUAUUUGUUAUCAUGUACACUCCGGAAAAUUUGAAAUGGUUGAUGACAGUAUGUGCACUAGUUGGUCAAUUUGGUGUAACUUGUGUCUUUGCUAUUCUGUGGUUGUAUACUGGUGAAUUGUUUCCAACAGAAUUAAGGAAUAUUGGAACAGGUACAAGUUCAGCCAUGGCUCGUGUGGCUUCGUUGGCGGCACCAUAUUUUGGUCUUAUCAGUAGUUUUUUAACUGGUCCUAUGAAAGAAACAGCACCAUUUAUAUUAUAUGCUGGAGUGUGCUUGGUGGCUUUAAUAUUAGCAUUCUGUUUAUUACCAGACACCUCAAAGAAACGUCUACCUGAAACUAUCCUUGAUACUAUACAUUUUACAGAAGAAAAAAGUAUAGAGAGUUUUUGUAGUAGCAGUGAAAGCGGAAGUGGAUCAGGAAAAGAAUUACUUCCGGUUAAAAAAAAUGAUAAUUUGAUUAUUUGAACUCUGGAAAUGUAAUACAUAAAGAUAGCAUCGAUAGCACAAAACGAUGUUUUUAUUGAAUGUAUUAUACAAUUUAGGAAAGAGAUUUGAAUUUUUCUAUAACUUCUUUGUAACAUUUCAUCAAAACUCUUUUUAAAAGUGACAUUGAAAUAAGCAUACACUAGUCUAAAUACAAUAUAAUAUUAUAUAUGAGAGUUUUUGCAAAUUAUACAUUGACUUAAAAGCAUGCAAAACCCUUGCAAACUACAACAACUGGAGUUUAGAGAACGUAAUUUAAUUCAGGGAGUUAAUUUCAAGAAACGCUUUAAUGAUUCGUGAAUGUUACAGAAUAAGAUUUGUAUUCGUUAUAGAAUACUAGUGCAAACGUUGUCCAGCUUCGUUUUGAACACUUUCAAAUUGGCAUCAACCUGUCUGAUCGGGUAUGCAUAUCGAACAGGAAACGAUUAUCAGAACAAUGCAUAUUGUAUUCUUGUAAGUAAGGUCAAAGUUAGAAAGGUGCAUGCUCUGAAUACCUCUUAGUAUUAAUUUUUACAAGUAAUAUUAUAUAUGAACCUUUUUUAUUAUAUAUGAAAAUAAUUUUCAAUAGUAUCUAUUUAUUAUCAUUUUUGUGUUCAUAACGAAUCGCUGGUUAUUAUUUUAUUUUUCAUCGUAUCUAUUUUGCCUGUCAUCGAAAUUCUGUACUCUGAUGCUCAUCUAAAUGCGAUUUUUAUUAUUAGAAAUAUGUAUCGUAAUCUGAUUGGGUUAAUAUAUUAAAAUUAUGUUCAAGUUC